AUGGCGGCGCCCAUGCUUCGCUGCUACACUGUUGGAAGAUGUUGGGGUUCAGCCUAUGUAGACGGAGUCACUCGCUACGGAUGCAGGCUUCCGAAUCUUUUCACACUCAGCGGCAUGAAAGGACAGAGCUCAAUGGCUCUGCAGCCCUUAACUACAGCCCAGAAGCCGAGGAAAAGUGAAUGUGAAUGGGCCGCUGUGGUAGGCUUGGAAAUUCAUGCACAGAUUUCUUCCAACUCUAAACUCUUCUCUGGAUCUCAGGUCCUCUUUGCAGCACCUCCAAAUUCUUUGGUUUCCUUUUUUGAUGCAUCUCUGCCUGGGACUUUGCCGGUUCUCAACAGGAGAUGUGUAGAAGCAGCCGUCAUGACAGGCCUGGCACUGAACUGUCGCAUAAACAAGAAGUCCUUGUUUGACAGGAAGCACUACUUCUAUGCCGACCUCCCUGCCGGCUACCAGAUUACCCAGCAGCGGCUCCCGAUUGCUGUGAAUGGGAGCUUGGCAUACAGCAUGCGUGUGGGGAAUAAGCAGAGCCAGGUGGUCACCAAGACUGUGAGGAUCAAGCAGAUCCAGCUGGAGCAAGACAGCGGCAAGAGCCUCCAUGACCACCCGCGGUCUCAGACGCUCAUUGACUUGAACAGAGCGGGAGUUGGACUUCUGGAGGUAGUCAUGGAGCCUGACAUGACCUGUGGAGAAGAGGCAGCAACAGCAGUCAGGGAGCUGCAGCUGAUCCUUCAAGCCCUGGGGACGAGCCAGGCAAAUAUGGCAGAGGGUCAGCUGAGAGUGGACGCCAACAUCUCUGUGCAUCGCCCAGGGGAGCCUUUCGGUGUCCGCACGGAAGUGAAGAACCUCAACAGCGCCAGGUUCUUAGCUAAAGCGAUAGACUAUGAAAUUCAGAGGCAAAUCAAUGAACUUGAGAAUGGAGGCGAAAUUCUGAAUGAAACCCGCUCAUUUGAUUCCAGACUGGGGUGCACCAUGCCAAUGAGAGACAAAGAAGGAAAGCAAGACUACAGGUUUAUGCCAGAACCCAACCUGCCCCCCUUGGUGCUCUACGACACCGCCUCCCUGCCCGCUGGGGCUGACUCUCAACAAGUCAUCAAUAUCGACUACAUUCGGGAGAGGCUGCCCGAGCUCCCUAGGGUGACCCGAGAGAAGCUCGUUCAACAGUACGGGAUGCUGCCGGAACACAGCUUCACCUUGCUGAAUGAAGUUGGACUACUGGAGUUCUUCCAAAGUGUGAUAAAAGAAACUAGGGCAGAGCCAAAAUUGGUGACGAGUUGGGUCCUCAACACUUUGCUGGGCUAUUUAAAGCAACACAGCUUGGCUGUCAGUGAGAGUCCUGUCACCCCCUCUGCCCUGGCGGAGCUUCUCACCCUGCUGGACAGCAAAGUGAUCACGUCAGAUGCAGCUAAGCAGGUGUUUGAGGAGCUGUGGCAGAGUGGUGGGAAGACAGCAGCACAGAUUGUCUCUGAGAAGAAGCUGGAGCUGAUGCAGGAUCAGGAGGCGCUUGCGCAGCUCUGCCUGGAUGUCAUGGAGGCGCAUCCUCAAGUGGUAAUGGUCGUGAAGAAUGGAAACCCCAGAGCUAUAAACAAACUCAUCGGGCUGGUCCGAAAAGCAACUCAGAGCCGAGCUGAUCCAACUGUGAUAAAGAAGAUCCUGGAAGAGAAGCUGUGUUCCUGA